AUGGUGGAACUCGCGGUUGGCGAUCUGUACGAUCAGCUCGCCAGCAAACAAGAAGGCAUCGUGAUCCGUCCUGAAGCACUAUACGAGUGCAAGUAUUGUGCUAUGUUCGAGAUCCCUGGUUCGGAACUUCGCGAUUCUGACAGAGGACGCUCACAUGCCGCUGCUCAUCGUAUUGCUUUCGAAGCUCUUCUGGAGCCUGCCCCCGUCCUCAUCUGCCCAAUAUGUGAUCUGCCGCAGAAAACCAGUGACGUUGCAUGCGUAUUCGGCUGUAUGUUCAACGAUCUUGACCUUAGUGAUGGUGAGGAAGAAAACGAGUCGAGUUCGACAAUUGGUAGCGCAAUGGAGCCCAAAUACUCUCCUGAUGGUGCAGAUGAGGAUCCUCAAAAUGAAGCCCUUCAAAACAGUUCAACAAAUAACAAUAACUCUGGGGGCGAGCAGUCGACCUCAAGAGCCGUGGACAUGGAAACGAACAUUGCUUCUGAAGCGGAGAAAUCACAUCGAAAUGGAGAUCAUGCAAGAAACGAAGGUGACAUUUCAAUGGAUUCGGAAAGGAAUAAGCGUUCAGAGAAGGCGAGUCAAGAAACGCCACCUCGUCGACAACAAAUGGCUGGUGUCAGUAUAAUCACCUGCCUUGUUUGUGACUGGUCACCAACAGUGUUUCAUGAUUCGAGUCGCAUGCGUGACGAAGUUUCGUCACAUGUGCGUCUGCACAUACGUGAAGAAUCAGGCAAGAUCCCUGGCAGAGGCGAAAGCUUUUUCGGGGAUAAGCGGCUUUUGAGCUGCAUGGAUUUCAGUUUAGAAGAAUAUUUUGAAAAAGAACACCUAACGGAUCUCAGUGGUACAAUAAACUCUAGAAUUAUGGAGCGUGUAUACGGGGAUCUUCUUGCCAAGUUGUUCGGCAUAUGUGUCCCACUUGUAUACCGGAUUCUGCAUGGUAAUAAUGGAAACCCUUUCCGUCCACCAGAAUCUUUGAGCAUCAAGCGAAGAAAGGGUCGCCGUGCCAAUAGAUCAUCAAAACCUAAGAAAGGUAUGACUCUUGGAGACACAAUUAAAUUAUUCGAAAUGCAUCCUUUUGUUGACGAAGAACGACUCCGAACUAGGAAACACAAGUCCAUUCCACAUAUGGAUGCGGACAAGAUUGAGCGGUCACUUUCGUCGGUUUGGCUUCAUCUGAAUCAAUGGUCAAAUGAUCCAGUAAAUCGCGUACAUCUUGCGAGUGAAUCGCGUUGGAUCCGUCUCGCUCAGAUUCGCAGAAGAGUGUUUUUAGAGUCGAAGAAAGCUUACCGUAAAUAUAUGCCUGAUAAACUGACUAUUCCAGGCUCUGAUGCUCAGGAAGAAGCUGAAGCAGCAGAGCUAGCUGGAAAAUACGUCCACUGCAAUAUAUGUGCGAACGUAUGUAUACGCGCAGAUAAUACUGCUUACAUCAAGAUAUUUUCUGAGCCUACCGCGGAAGACUCUCCAAGAGAGGAACAUCAAUGCAAAAGUGACUUCCUCAUUCGUUGUCAAAGAUCUAGCUGUUGUGGGAUUGAUCCGGUAAUCGUGCUACCUUGUGAUAAGGCCAUUCCUCUUGCAAAUGUAGACAUCGCCGUCGUGAAGCACAUGUUAUGGCACGUACGAAAUGACCCGUUUUUGGAAUUGGACUCGAACGAAAAGGAGAUCCUAACUCGUGCGCUGAUGAUCCGCUUAUCCUGUACACAAAUGCGGCAAGUGCUAUUCAUGGCGAAAAAAGUUGCGAAGCAGUUCAUUAAGUACAAGGAAACAGACCUGAUAAGGUACGUCCAGGAUAAAAUGGAAGAGAUCGGUUGCGUUCUUUUCGGUUUCAACAAGGGCUUGGUUUUCCAGAGUGAUCGUCGGAAACGUGCCUUCGUUGCUUAUGCUCACCCGGUGGUUCUACACAUCUUGGAACAUUUAUCGGCGGGACAGCUGCCUCAACAUGUUACAUCAGAAACAGAUCUCAUGAGGUGGGAGAGCGCAUGCGCGAUGGAAGGGCUACGGUUCAAGAACGUCUCAAUGGCGAUAAAACACGUACUCGAUGCCCAUAAUGAUCUAGUGGAAUUGAGCGCCUUGGAUAUGAUGUUGGAAGAUAUGGGUAUUCAUCAGCUUUUCCGCAGUGCAAUUUCUUCUGCAUUGGGUGAUCAGGCAUGGCAAUUAGAGGAGGCACUAGGGUUUGGUGCAUACAAAGCAAAAGUUUGUCCCAGACCUGAUUUUUUCAAUGAAACCGAAACAGAAAGUAUUCAUCGACCGGAAUGCACUCGACCAUGGGAUACAUCAACACAAUUGUGUGCAUGCUCUGAACCAGUGCCCACACAGUCGGAAGCAAUUGCUCAGACGACUUCCCUACCAGCGGUCAAACUGGAAACGGAAGAAUCUGGAGCUGAACGGAGCGGUUUUGAGAACUCGAUUGCUGCCCUUGCGGAAGGGCUCGCAGCACCGUCGACAGACCAGUCGUCGGCUGAUGCAGGUGCCGACGCAUCUGAUAACAGGAUGGCAAACUCAAAAAAGAAGCGACCAGAUCGUUUCAAGCGAGCAAGGCAGAAGCGAGUCAAGGAAAUAAAGCGAGAGGUCGAUGGCAUGCUUGUUCCUCAGCGCAACAAAGCUCUUCCUCUGAAG